AGCAUACCUGACGUACCUCCUAAGCCUGGAGAGCUGCAAACAGAACUGUUGGGUCUAAAAGCAACAUCAAGCAACGUUCAGACUUCACAGCAGUGA